AUGGAAUCCCAAGAAGAUGAAGCCCUUCCAAAAAGGGGCAAACCCACAAUCCCGUCCAUUUCUAGCAAAGAGUUAGUCUUGCCAAUGCCUAACCUUCAUGUAGAGCUCAUCACUGAUAUCUUGUUGAAGCUUCCAGUGAAAUCACUCUUGAAAUUCAGACCUAUCUCUUAUUAUCCGCAGGACUACACCCACCAUGGUGUUAUGAUUAAGGUUGCUAGUACUGCUAGGCGCGGCUUCAAGGACUGUUCUCUUAGCUCUUUAUUUUAUGAUUCUGUAACUGAGGCAUUUGAUUUGGAUUAUCCUGGUAAAAAUCCCGAUGAGUAUCCCCGAGUUGUGGGUUCUGUCAAUGGAUUGAUAUGUCUUGCCAUCAGUAUAAAUGGAGGAUUAGAUGACUUGUAUUUAUGGAAUCCAUCAAUUAGAAAAUAUAAGAAAUUGCCUAGUUAUGACAAUGAGAUUACACUUACUAAUUUCAAUUUUGGUUUUGCAUAUGAUGAGUUCCAAGAUGAUUACAAAGUAGUGGGCAGAGAGCUCUUGGUUGAUUCUGCUAAGUCUGUGAAUGGGAAAACUUCAUUGGCUUGA